AUGUCUGCCGAGGAAGAUAUCGUCAUGGAGACCCAAGAGGUCGAGGUUGCCGCUGAAGCCACUCAAGGCCAAAUGAGCGUUGAGGAUGCUCUUCAAGAAGUUUUGCGUCGUGCUCUUGUUCAUGAUGGUCUUGCCCGUGGUCUUAAGCAGGCUGUCAAGGCUCUCGACAGACGUCAAGCUCACUUGGCUGUUUUGAACGAAUCUUGCACUGAAGGCGAAUACGUCAAGCUUGUCGAAGCUCUUUGCGCUGAGCACAACAUCAACUUGAUCAAGGUCUCUGAUCCCAAGAAGCUCGGUGAGUGGGUUGGUCAAUGCAAGAUUGACCGUGAAGGUAACGCCCGCAAGGUUGUUGGCUGCUCCUGCGUUGCUGUCACCGACUUUGGUGAAGAAUCUGAAGCCAUGAACGUCCUUUUGGAUUACUUCAAGUCUCGCUAA